CGUGCGGAACGGUUACGUUCGAUUCACUCACGGUUUAUGAAGUUUUGCCGACGAAGAUCGCGAUGCUUGCCUUCUUUGUUUUGUUUCUUGGAAUCUGUGUUUUGGAUAGCGAAGCUCGCGACUCAGCUAACACUUGGGGUGGAUCAAGAGCAUUUCUUGUAACGGAUCUUCCUAAUUCGACGAUCAAUGUUGAUAAGCUGUACACAUCUUUAGCAGACAGAGGUUUAGCCGAUGUUUUCAGUAGAUUAGUGAUCGUUCAGCGAGGGCAGGAUGGACGCUUUAUCAAAUCCCACGGCUCAUUUAGGACAUUGUCGAGAGUACAAGACAGAACAUUGUCCAUUUCAAAAAAAGAAAUGCUUCCAUGGCUUUUAGAAGAGGAGGCAAAUGUUAUUAUCUGUGUCGCCGACAGUAAAGCAGAUGUUCCACAGAUAUUAAUUUCUGCUCAAAGAAAAGGUAUGCUCCCCUUGGACACCAAACUAAUGAUAUGGGUGAUUCAGGGUGAUGUUGUGGCAGCUGAUGGAAUGAAAAUGAUCUCAUUGAUAUCACCUGGAGACUUUGAUCCUCGGUCAAGUAGUCUUGAUGACGAGGAUCGUUUCGCUUCAAGGAAAGUGCGUUUAAUUUCUGCAAGGAAUCUGGAGAGUGCAGUGAUCGAGCUGUUCCAGAGAGAGAAGGGUAACGUCCACCACAGAGAGAGGAGAAAUGUUGGCUCAUCCGUGUCGCGCUCCAUGACUACUAGGUACGUUUCGAGCUCCAUGUCAACCAAGGUAUCAAUUCCAAGUUCAAGUUCAGCUGUUGGCCAAUCCGCUUCGAGUCCCUUGACGACCGAGGUGCCAAUUCCCAGUUCAAGUCCUGCUAUUGUCCAAUCCGUGUCCAGCUCUAUGGCCCCUAGGGCAUCAAUUCCAAGCUCAAGUUCUGCUUUUGUCCAAUCCCUGUCAAGCACCAUGACUACCAAGAUAUCAGUUCCCAGUUCACGUCCUGCAUUUGGCCAAUCUGUAUCGAUUUCCAUGACUACUAGGGUAUCAACUCCAAGUUCAAGUCCUGUUGUUGGCCAGUCUGUAUUGAGCUCCAUGACUAUUAACGUACCAGUUCCCAGUUCAAGUCCUGCAGUUGGCCAGUCCGUGUCCAGUUCCAUCACUACCAAGGUAUCAAUUCCAAGUUCAAGUUCAGCUGUUAGCCAAUCCGUGUCGAGUUCCAUGACGACCAAGGUGCCAAUUCCAAGUUCAAGUCCUGCUAUUAGCCAAUCCGUGUCGAGUUCCAUGACGAUCAAGGUGCCAAGUCCUAGUUCAAGUUUAGCUGUUAGCCAAUCCGUGUCGAGUUCCAUGACGACCAAGGUGUUAAUUCCUAGUUCAAGUUUAGCUGUUAGCCAAUCCAUGUCGAGUUCCAUGACGAUCAAGGUGCCAAUUCCAAGUUCAAGUUUAGCUGUUAGCCAAUCCAUGUCGAGUUCCAUGACGAUCAAGGUGCCAAUUCCAAGUUCAAGUUUAGCUGUUAGCCAAUCCGUGUCGAGUUCCACGACGAUCAAGGUGCCAAUUCCAAGUUCAAGUCCUGCUGUUAGCCAAUCCGUGUCGAGUUCCAUGAAGACCAAGUUGCCACUUCCUAGUUCAAGGCUAAGUUCAAGUCCUGCUGUUGGCCGAACUGUGUCGAACUCCUUGACUUCGCAGGCAGUAGCUCCAAGUUCUAGUGCUACAACGGUGCCAGUUGUUUCUUCUCCGGUUGGCCAAUCUACGUCGGUUCCGGUGACUACUAAAGUAACAGCUCCAACUGCAUCUCUGCCAGUUAGCCCUUCUAUGUUUAGUUCUGUUGCAGUAAGACCUACUGAAAGCGAAUCCAGGUCAAGUUCCAUGGUUGUUAGCUCAUUUACCAAAACACAAGCAACAACAUUGAUUGUACCUAUCAAGCCGUCAUCUUCAGUUGCAAGUUUGCCAUCUUCUUUAAUCUCUCCGUUUUCCAGUUCUCUACCUUCAGAAACUUUGGGGCCGUCUUCGACUUCGGGCCAAAAGAGUCCAGUUGCAACCACUUUACAACCAAUCGUUUCCUCGUCGUUACCUGUAAUCAGUACCCCAUUAACUCCUGCGGAAACAAGUUCUACCCCUCUAAGAGUUUUAUCAAGUUCUUUGACAUCAGGAUCAACAAGAUUGUCUACGUCUGCCGUUAUUUUGCCUACCUCCACAAAAAGAGAACCACUUCCUUCAUCGUCGCCCGCGGUGGUUACUGAAAAACCACCUGUUUAUGAAAAUGAAACCAUUGUCAUCGAGUUUGAAGGAAAUUGUGGAGACGUCGUGGGUAAUAAGGAGACGGAAAAGAAAUUUGAACAAGAGUUCGUUCGUGAAGUGGCUGAAAAACUGGGUAUCCCGGAAGAGGCUAUCGCCGUCAAUGAUAUUGUCUGCGGCUCAAUAAGAGUCACUUUUACAAUCAGUGGAACGAGUGGAAAGGCAAAUGUUUCACAGGUGUUGAAGAAACUAGUCGACAACGGGAAUAUCAGUGUAACUGUUGAUAACAAAACGUUCAGAGCAAGUAAACUAGAAGUUGUACGACCAACUACACCAUCUACACUGGCUCCCACCACAGAAGGUAAGAAGAGUGAAAUCGCUUUUAUCCUUUACAUAACGUUUGGUGCUCUUAUGGCGCUCAUCUUCAUCGUGGGCUUCAUUGUGUUGGUUGCGCGAUGCCGUCGGGAUCGGCGCGAGGGCAGCUUCUUCCUCCCCAGUGACGCAAAUUAUGAACUAAGACGAUUUCAAGGUGUUCCUCGCGCGAGCAGUCAGUAUUCCAGGGUGAACUACUAUGGUGAGCCUGUGGAACAGGAUGCCGCAGCCCCUGACCCUAAUGCGGACGAUGAGUUUCAAGCAGAGGCAGGGGCUUAUCCAUACGAUGUAGCUUCCACCGGCGGCCGUGUUGCGGCAUCAAACCGCAGUGAUGCGAAAGAAGAAAAGUUUAAUGUAGGCGCUAUGGGUAUGCCGGAGUGGAAGAACCUCCCAAAGCUCUCAGUGAAAGGAAUAACGGUCGCCGAACCCAGCGAAGAUAUCCCCAAGUCUUCUGGAUCGUUCGGAAGUCGGCAGCUUUUACUGGAUAAUGAGAGUCCCCAGGAAGAAUCGAGGCAUGCUUAUGAUAACCCUGUUCUCUCUUUUGGUGAUGGUCCUACUGGCGUGGAUAAGGAAGAUAGUUGAAUUAGCUGAAACAUGAUGUUUGUUUGCAUCUGUUCGCCUACUAGUUUAGCCUUGUGUUUUAGCGGACGGCAGCUACUCCAGCAAAUUCACAGGGAUCGGAAAGCGUCUAAUUUUGCGAGACUGUUUGCGUACUGUUUUUAGUUGUCAGCUGAUUUUUUUAUUCAGCUCUUUGUCAAAAUCUCAUAGUUUAGAAAGGAAACUUCAAACUUUGCCAGUAAGACGUCUGCAGUUGGCGGGUUUUGAGUUACUCACCUGGUUGCAGAACUUUGAGACAUUUUUUAAAAGCUUUUACUAAAACUAAAAUAGCCACAAAAGACCACUUUAAGUUGAGUUUUUCAAAAAAUGUAUUUAAAAGAAAAGCAUUUGGCUUGAAUAGAUUAUAUAACAGUUUUUUAAUUAGAAAGUAUUGAAAAAAGUGGCCCGCUUGUUUACGUCAGUUCAUAUACGAGAUAGUUUGAGAGAAAUCGAAAAUUCUUUAAAACCCAUGCUGCAGUCAGAGCUUUACUGUAAACUUUUUCGCAUACUUGUUGAGUGUUUGCAUCAAAAGUGCUUUUAAAGUGGAAGCGUUCGUUUUCUGUUUUGUUAACAAGAGGAUGAAUCCAACAAAAUGGAGGAACACCGUGUUUACAUAUAGUCCUAUGGAAAACGACGGAACAACCAAUCAGAGCAUAUGUUAUAUUACAAAACGUUUUGUAACAGCUGAAAUAGAACGUAUAUGAUAUAUUGAUUUAUAGCCUUUAUUUAUAAUAGAUAUGAUAUGAAUAAAUUGCUAAAAAAAGUUUAAUAAACUUCCUUUCUUUUGUGCCA